AGGCGCUCGAGGAGAUCAUGGAGUAUAUGAAGAGUGUCUAUCAAUUUGCACCGAGGUGAGUGAGUCUUUUUGACAUUCGUGUAUCUAAUCAUUGAACCCUUGAUUUCCGAAAUCUCGACCCGUCUCCCCGCGCCGAUCCGCUUGUCUCUCUCUCUCUCUCCUCGUUUUUGUCUCACUGACAGCCAAUUGUUUCUCCCCCAGUAAACGAGCGUUCCAAACCCAAUUCAAGCGAUGGGGUUUCCCGUCCAAACAGAAUCCAGCACACAAGAAUGUCGAACUCGUGGCGCGCGUCAAACAGCUUUGGGAGCGGAACACCAGCCAACGAGACAUGCUGCGCAUGCUCAACGAGGAAGGGUUCGAGAUCAAGGAGCGGGAGCUGAUGCGCGUGCGCGCCAAGAACCGCUGGCUGCUUCGCGUCCCCAACGGCAUGAAAUCGCAGUCGAGGAUGAUGCAGACGCCCGUGCCGCAAUUACCGGAGGAUGAAGGUCUCCUGGCGCUGCAGCAGGAGGUGUAUAAGUCUGGGUUGGGGUAUGAAGAGCCCGAGGAGCCUCUUGUCCCCGCUGUCCCCGCUGUCCCUGCUGCCACCACCACCACCGUCGCCACCACCGACGACUCGUCGACUUCACCGACCGCCUCUCCAGCCUUGUCGGCUGAGGCUCUGGCCAAGCGCAAAGAGCGAAUGGACAAGUUGAAGGCAGAAAGUGCGGAGCGGUGGGCGAAUCGGAAACGACGGCGGCGCACGCGCGGAUGGGCAGGCAUGCCAGCGGAUCCUCCAGGGCCGCCCCGAUUUCCCUCGGAGACGACGAUUGACGAGAGUAAGAAGUACCUGAACCUGGAUAAUGUGAUGUAUCGGCAGAUUCGGGACCAGUUUCAACAGAUCUGUGAGGAGGCAGGCUUCAUCAAGAAGACGGUGGCUGGGCCCGAGCGAUGGCAGGAGGCGAAGAACAAGUUGAUCCAGGAGUCGUAUCACCUCCAGCAGGUGUUUCACGAUCAGAAUCAGCUGGACGUGAAGUCGUUGGCGCUGGAUGUUGUCUGUACCGAUGUGACGAAGCGGAUGCGCACGCUGGAGCGCCGGAUGACCAUUGCCGAGGCGAAAAAUGCUCUGGGCAUCAACCCGGAGGAGAGUCGUCAGAUUCGGAAUGCAUUCUACAAUACUCUCAAGGCGGAUCAUUUUACCAGUAAGCUGGAAGCGGGCGACGAACAUUGGAAGGAACUGAAGGAACAAUGGAUCCAGAACUCGGAGCUUCUACGGCGCAUCCUCGCCCCCGGCGCUGCGGAUCCCGAGCAUGCGACCAAGCUCAAGGCCCUCGAGGUCCUUUGUCGCGACGUCAUGAAACGACUUCGCGAUGACCAAACCAAGCGACAUCCCGCCCGGAAGUCGUCGGUCACGCACUCUCAUGUGCCCAGCCCGGAUCUGGAGAGCCCCCCAGUCAGCGUCAGUGCUACCUUCGGCAGUGGCAUCGCGAAUGGCAUCAGCACCCUGGCUUCGCAGGCCCUGGCCAGUGCAUCAGUGUCGAACACCGAUUUGGGCGACAUACAGAUUGACCCUUCUCUGUUGCAAGCUGCGAACGACCCGUCCUUUGCCACCGCUGCUCAUGCUGACUCGGGCAAUGCCUUUGGCUAUGUGGAUCCGAUGCUGGGGUCGUCCCUCUUGCACGUGCCCGUCUAUCUCCGCAUCCACCCCCAAAGUCCAUUGCAUGGAGACGCUAAGACCUGGGUGGAUAAGUUGACCGCCAGAUCAGUGACGGAACUCCAGCAAUUGGCUGCAGCGAGAUAUCCUGACGCGGUCAUCACAAAAAUCGAGGGUACUGACCGCGACGAGAAAGGCAACGAGAUCUCGUUUGUCAUCGACGAGGAGCACGAGCUGGAUGCUUAUCUAACUCAUGUCCAUGGAAGGAAAGCGACGUUUGUCUUUUCCUUGGACCAAAUUUGACAUUUCGCACCAAAUUGCUUGUAACCUUUCAUGCCACCAGGCUGGCUCUCUGCAGUGCUGUUACUGAUACCCAUAGUUCGCACAUCUUGUAAGCGACCUGUUAGAAAUAAAUGCGCAAGUCA